AUGGAGAACAAAUCUCUGAGCCCACGAACCCAGUUCGAGGACUGCUCGUCUUCCAAUUACGACCUCAAAGCCAUACCUGGAAAAACCAUUUUCAACAAAACCCAGUUCGAUUCUUCCCCCAGAGACCCGAAACGACUCAAACCCUCUUCAGAUUUCUCCUCCACCACCACCACCUUCUAUCUCCAACCCGUCUCCCUCCUCCUCACCUAUGAGUCAACACGCUCGGUGGUAGUUGUCGACUCGCAAGAGAACGGAGUCAGACUCGUCCACGGUCUGCACCAAAGCACUUUCGAAGGCACGCUGAGGGAGCAACAGGCCUUGCUGGAGUUGGAAGACACGCUGAAGAUGCUGAGGAGGGAGAAGGAGGUGCUGAGGAACAUGCUCAGUUACUUGACGUAG